CUCUUGUGUAUUAAAACAGUAUUUCAAGACAAGACUGAAGCGUCAUACAACUUAAUCUAAAACCAAGUUGAUGAUAACAAGGCUGGCGUCCAGAGAAACGCCAUUAACUGUAAGCACGUUGGAUAUGACGCGGUCCUGCAGCGCGUAAAAGCGUUCGUACUUGCUCUCAAACUUUUCGUAUUCGUUUCUUUGAAACGCCAAAAAGAUCACAAGCAUUUACGAUGAACUUCACCGGCAUUUUUUGCGAUUCUGAUCUCACGAACUCAUCAAAUUCCUCGUGCGUAAACCGAACCGUGCCGUCAUACAGCGUGAUUGACAUCGCGUCUUUCAUGCACAUCUUCCCAACCGUUUACGGCAUCCUGUGUUCAGUGGGAGCGCUGGCCAACGGUUUGGUUAUCUAUGCUGUGGCAUCAUGUAAGAAGAAGAUGGUCUCCGACAUUUACGUGCUCAACUUGGCCAUCGCUGAUCUGCUUUUCUUAUUGGUGAUGCCCUUUAACAUCCAUCAGCUGGUCAGGGACAGACAGUGGGUCUUUGGGCACUUCAUGUGCAAAGCUGUGGUUGUGGUGGACGUCAGUAACCAGUUUACCACAGUGGGGAUAGUAACUGUCCUCUGCAUUGACAGGUACGUUGCCAUUGUACAUCCCACAUCAGAGAAGAGGACCAUUCAAUGGACCAUCAUCAUCAACAUUAUGGUGUGGGUGGGCAGUUUUCUUUUAAGCAUUCCUGUCAUGAUUUACGCCACAGUGGUCUCCACACAGCACAUGCACAUGUGUAUGAUUAACUUGGAUGGGCCAAGCGAUAUGUAUUGGUACACACUGUAUCAGUCCACGCUAGGUUUCAUCGUCCCUCUCAUUAUCAUCAGCACAUUUUACACUCUGACGUUGUACCACGUGUUUCGCUCCAUCCGACGUGUCAAACGCAAGCAGUCCGUGUGGGCCAAACGUGCCACUAAGACGGUCGUGAUGGUCAUCGUUCUCUUCCUAGUCUGCUGGUCUCCCUACCACGUCAUUCAGGUCAUCAAUCUCAGCAUCCGGCAGCCCACCAGCGCCUUUGUCUAUGCGUAUAACAUAAGCAUCUGUUUGAGUUACUCGCACAGCUGCAUCAAUCCUCUCAUGCUGCUCGUCUUCGCUCAGAACUACCGUGACCGACUCUGCCGUCGCAAUGAGCUGAUCACCGCCUCCAAGACCACCGCCGGAUCGAGCGUCAGCCCGGACACCAGUCAUCGGUGUACCGCUAUCUAACACGUGCUCGAGCCCGAAUGAGGAAAAAAAAGAAAAAUUGCACUACGCAAGACUUGAAGGUUUCUCAAAGAGGAAAAACUUUGAAAAAAGAAACCACAGAGCUUUCCGGAGGAAUGAAAGUGUGCUGGUGAAGAGCACUGGACUUGUUGCUUUAUUUAAUGUAAACUAGUGAUCUAGUUUUCUUUGUGUUGUUGUGAAAUGUUCAUGACAAAAUGAGAGAAUCUACUGACUUAUCGUAUGUGCUUAUUGUCAUACAAGAUGUCUUAUUAAUAUGAAAUAAGUGAAAUUAUGGGUGGAAGAUGUUGAUGGACUUCAUUGUAGUGUCUGUGAUCUCACAUCUUAUCAUUAAGGGAAAUGCAGUCACAGUCUGAUUUAUUUUGAACCUAAGUUUGUGUUUACAUGAAAAAUCACCCAUCAUAAACAACAUAACAUUUCACUUAUACUCUUAAGAAAGGAUGUGUUCAUUUUUAACACGUUAUGUGUCAAGUUAGUAACACAAAAUUAGAUGUUCCAAUAACAGCAGAAAUGUGUGUAUUCUGGGACAUAUUUAUUGUGUUGUUCCAAAAAUAACACUGAUUGUAUUGAUUUUAACACAUCUGUUUUAAGAGUGUAGCUAAAAGGUGUCUUAAAGGGACAGUUCACCCCCCCCAAAAAAAUAAUAAUUGACUCACAUUAUAUUGUUUGUUACAAACAUGAGUAUUUCUAUUCUGAUGAACAGAAAAGAAGAUUUUUGAAAACGAUGGUAAACACAAAGCAGCCGUAACCAUUGACUUCCAUAGUAGAAAAACAAAUAUUAUGCAAGUAUUGUGAUAAAUGAUGAAGAAGAUAUUUUGAUAAAUGAUGGUAGGCACAUUGAUGGUACUCAUUGAAUUCCAUCGUUUUUCUUUUUCCUACUAUGGAAGUCUAUGGUCACUAUCUGCUGUGUGCUUACAAUCAUUGAUCAAAAUAUGAAGAGUUUUAAAAAUGUUUGUCAAAACAUGUUUAUUAUUAUGUUAUCAUGUUAUUUUUUGUGUUUUAUGGUGCUACUUAGCUGUAUUUUUUAAGUUAUGAAGCUUUAAAUCAAAACAAACCAACUGCAGUUGAAUUGAUAUUAAUUGGAAUGCACAACCAAAAAACGAGAUUUCUGAAAAUGAGUUAUCUCAAUUUGCAACAAAACUCUUCAUAUCUUCUUUUGUGUUCAUCAGAAAAAAAUUUAUUCAUACAGGUUAAGAUCAACUUGAGGAUGAGAAAAUGAUGACAGAAUUGUUAUUUUUGUGUGAGUUUGAUGUAAGGUGUAGAUUUUGGUGAUGCUCAGCACCUCUGAAAACUUUCAAGAUGACUUUAAAUGAUUUAAAAUCAUAUAUAUCUCUAUACAUAUAUAACUAUUCAGACUCCCUGCAGUUUAAGUUCAAUUGCAACAAAAGUUUGGGCCCACAUGUACUGUAAGGUAAACAUCUGUAAUGUGUUGUGCAAACAAAUGUCACUCUUUUCAACAGCUUUUGUUCUCUGUUUAAUAUAAAACCUUACUGUCUUCACUAUCAAGCAUGCAUUGUAUUGGGCUUUAAUCUUUGCUUUAAACAUUUGAAAGCGUUUUAUUAUAGGAAUGCUAAAGACAUCCAGUGUGAAAAUCCCCAAGCUGCUGUUUUUCUUCUUUAUCUAAGAAGCCCCUACGGCUCGCACAACAACAGAUGCGUUCUCUGUUAACGUGUGACACUUCAACUAUGUGUGACUAGUCACAUUUCAGUCUUGCCACCCUCAAUUAACACAUUAUGAAGCCUGACAAAUAACCUAAGGACUGGGUAUAAAGGUUUGGUUCUUUAGUCCCAAUGAAUUAUGGGAAGUAUGUUGUUUUGACAAAUCCUUUUUUUUUUUGGUAAGUAAAAGCUGAAAUGAAAGACUAUGCUGAAAUCAUCUUUAAAAACAUCUCAUUGUUUGAUCCAUUACUGUUCGGGGAUGUGUGUAUUAUCUUUCAUUAUUAAUGACUUCAUAUGCAGCCCAUGUAUCUGUGUGGAUCGUCCUCAUGUAUGUGCUGUAUGUACAUCUUAAUAAACUUUAGAAAAGUAAACGCACUUUGAGCAUUUUAAUCUAAUCAAAAUAUGACUAUACUAACAUUACAAAAGUGGAAGUUA